UAAUCUAUCUGUACGGAAAUUCUCUCUCUCUUUCUCUCCGUCAUUUUUCGAACUGCAAUGGCGACUCGAGUUGCUGAUCUAGUUGGUCCAGUCCACCCGACUCAGCAGUUCGAUAUCGACUCACUUCUUCUCUACUGCUCCACCGCUGUCUCCGGCUUCCCAAUCUCUGCCUCCCAAGUAACCGUCUCUCAGUUUGGUCACGGGCAAUCAAAUCCAACGUUCUUGUUGGAAGUUAAUUCCGGCGCAUCCGUGAGCCGAUAUGUCAUCAGAAAGAAGCCUCAAGGGAAAUUACUUGAUUCUGCUCAUGCCGUUGAAAGAGAAUUUCAGGUAUUGCAAGCGUUGAGUGUUCAUACGAAAGUUCCAGUCCCAAAGGUGUUCUGUCUGUGCACUGAUUCAAGUGUCAUUGGAACUCCAUUUUACAUUAUGGAGUACUUGGACGGUCGUAUAUUUGUUGAUCCAAAGCUCCCUGGUUUAACACCAAAUAGACGUGCGUCUGUGUAUAGUUCAAUUGCUAAAGCUUUAGCUUCUCUACAUUCUGUCAAUGUUAAUGGAAUUGGUUUAGAAAAUUAUGGGCGUCCGAGUAACUACUGUAAGCGGCAGGUAGAGAGGUGGGCGAGGCAAUAUAUUGCUUCGACUGGCGAAGGACAAUCCGGUAGAAACCCUAAGAUGUUAGAGCUUGUUGACUGGUUACGACAACAUAUUCCUGUUGAAGAUAAUUCACGAGCUUCUGCAGGCCUAGUCCAUGGUGACUUUCGGAUUGACAACAUUGUUUUCCAUCCUGUUGAGGAUAGGGUCAUUGGAAUUCUUGAUUGGGAAUUAUCCACACUUGGGAAUCAAAUGUGUGAUGUUGCUUAUUGCUGCUUGGCUUAUAUUUUGGAUGUUGCCAUUGAAAAUGUAGGACAAGAUGCAGGCCUUGAAGCUAGUGGCCUACCUCAAGGCAUCCCUCCUCUUGCACAGUUCCUUGGAGAAUAUUGUAGUUUCGCUGGUAAGCCAUGGCCUGUUGGUGAGUGGAAGUUUUAUAUUGCCUUUUCUCUAUUCCGAGGAGCAUCAAUCCUUGCUGGGGUACACAGUAGAUGGAUCACGGGUAAUGCUUCGGGUGGGGAGCGUGCUCAAAGUGCUGGAUCAAAAGCUAAUGCUCUUAUAGACAGUGCAUGGUCCUUUAUUAAUAAAGAAACUGUGCUUCCUGAACAAUCUCCAUUUGAAAGAGAAAAAGAAGCCCAGUUGAAUAUUGGAGGAAGGUUUGUUCCUAGUAGAAGAAUUGCUGAAUUGAGAGAAAAACUGAUCAGGUUCAUGGAAAUUCAUAUAUAUCCUCUGGAAAAAGAAUUAUCCUUGCUUGCUCAAUCUGACAAGCGGUGGACAGUCCAUCCCGAGGAGGAGAGACUAAAGGAGUUGGCGAAAAAAGAAGGCCUCUGGAAUUUAUUUAUUCCUUUUGACAGUUCUCUGAGGGCGAAAGAAAUGCUCUUUGCUGGUAAAAAUGUUGGGGAUGUUGAUAACUUAUUGGGUCCUCGUUUGACAAACCUGGAAUACGGAUACCUUUGUGAAAUAAUGGGCCGUUCGUUAUGUGCUCCGCAAAUAUUUAACUGCGGAGCUCCUGAUACUGGAAACAUGGAGGUCUUACUGCGAUAUGGAAAUAAGGAACAGAUGGAGGAAUGGCUUAUUCCUUUGCUUGAGGGAAAUAUUCGAUCUGGAUUUGCAAUGACAGAACCUCAAGUUGCAUCUUCUGAUGCAACCAAUAUAGAAUGUUCAAUCAAACGACAAGGGGACUUUUAUAUCAUCAAUGGUAGAAAGUGGUGGACUAGUGGAGCAAUGGAUCCUAGGUGCAGGAUUCUUAUAGUGAUGGGCAAAACGGACUUCACAGCCCCAAAACACAAGCAACAAUCCAUGAUCUUAGUUGACCUUCAAACACCUGGUGUAACCAUCAAGAGACCGCUAACAGUUUUUGGAUAUGAUGAUGCACCUCAUGGACACGCAGAGAUUACUUUUGAGAAUGUCUGUGUGCCUGCCAAGAAUAUCCUUCUGGGCGAAGGCCGCGGUUUUGAAAUUGCUCAGGGAAGGUUGGGACCGGGAAGGUUGCACCAUUGCAUGAGACUAAUUGGUGCAGCUGAACGCGGAAUGCAACUGAUGGCUGAACGGGCACUCGAUAGAACAACGUUCGGGAAGUUGAUUGCUCAGCACGGUUCAUUCCUUUCUGACAUGGCUAAAUGUCGGAUAGAGCUCGAACAGGCAAGACUGUUGGUCCUUGAAGCAGCUGACCAGCUUGACCGGUUAGGCAACAAGGCUGCCCGUGGGACUAUUGCAAUGGCUAAGGUGGCAGCUCCUAAUAUGACGCUGAAGGUGCUUGACAUGGCAAUGCAAGUACACGGAGCUGCGGGUGUUUCGCAGGAUACUGUAUUGGCUCAUCAGUGGGCCGUCUCGAGAACACUGAGAAUUGCGGAUGGUCCAGAUGAAGUUCAUCUUGGAACCAUUGGUAAACUCGAGCUGCAAAGGGCUAAGACUAGGCUUUAGAACAAAAACAGAAAGAAAGGGAUUAAUGUUCAAAAGAUGGUUAUAAAAAUAAGAUGAAAGCAAAGGAAAAAUAGCAAAAAUGGCGAAUAAGAUAGCCGUCUUGGGCUUGUCUUCCAUAUUACUGGUGGCAGCCGUCAUCGGAGUUGUCACCGUCUC